AUGGGAAACGAAGCGAGCCUCGAAGGAGGCGAGGGGGGCCUUUCUGGACUACCGGCGGGGCUCGCACCUGACGGCAAGGGAGGCUUCGUGCGGGUCCCCGGCGGGGAGGCGGCGGACCUUAGCCAGCUGAGCGAGGAGGACAGGAAGCAGCUCGUCGCGGCCAUGUCAAGGGCGCGAACAAGACCUCCGGAGGCGGAUGCCCAGCGGCGUUCCCAGCAGGUAGGCUCCGGGGCGUCCAGGGUCCCCACAGGGCUGAGCAAGAGCCGGACGGUCGACGCCUUCGGCCAGGGCCCCGUCGGCAGGGCGCCCCCGGGCCGCAGCCCCUCCUCCCUCAGCCUCCUCGAGUCCCGGUUCCGGCAGGAGGCCAAAGAGCCGGAGACCCCCAAGACCUCCGGCAUGUUUGGCUCGGGCUUCCUGAGCGGGGCCAACCCCCUCAGCGCCAUGACGUCCUCCGUGUCCUCCUCCAUGUCCUCCUCCAUGUCCUCCAUGGGCGACGCCGUCAGCAUCCCCAAGUUUGGCCUGUUCGGGGAUGACGAGGAGGGGGCGGAGGCGGCGGCCGCGCCAGGGGCCAAACCGGGGGGGAAACCACCGGGGAAGGGCCCCCAGCAGAGCCCCGGGCCCCGGGGGCCACAGCAGGGAGGAGCUCCCAAACAGGGUCAGGGGCCCCCUGGACAACAGGGGCAGAAGCAAGGGCCCCCAGGACCCCAGCAGGGAGGCCCUCCGAAACAGGGUCAUGGUCCCCCGGGACAGCAGGGGCCAAAGCAGGGGCCCCCAGGACAACAGGGGCCAAAGCAGGGGCCCCCAGGACAACAGGGGCCAAAGCAAGGGCAAGGGCCCCCGGGACAACAGGGGCCAAAGCCAGGACAAGGGCCCCCAGGACAACAGGGGCCAAAUCCAGGACAAGGGCCCCCAGGACAACAGGGGCCAAAGCAAGGGCCCCCGGGACAACAGGGGCCCAGGCAAGGCCAAGGGCCCCCAGGACAGGGACCACCCGGUCAGGGCCAAAAACCGGGGGGCCCGGAGCAGCAGAAGUCUGGCCCUCCUUCACAAGGACCCGGGAAGCCCGGGGCCCAGCAGCAAGGGCCGGGUGCAAAGCCAGGGGAGCCGGCCAAGGCUGGGGGCCCCCCGGGGCCGGGAAAGCCUGGCGGGGGGCUCUGUGGUCUCUGUAAGACCACCCAGCUGAACGUGGGCUCUCAGGACCCCCCCAACUACUGCAGCUGCACGGUGUGUAAGAGCCAGGUCUGCAACCUCUGCGGCUUCAGCCCUCCGGACUCCGGGGGGAAGGAGUGGCUGUGUCUCAACUGCCAGAUGCAACGCGCCAUGGACGGCAUGGACCCCCCGGGUAUGACCAAGGGCUCGGCCCCCCCCUCACCCCAACGCCAGUCGCCUGGCAAGCCGGGCAAGCUGCUGAUCCGACAGCAGAGCACCGUGGACCCGGGGCAGAAGUCCCCGGGCCCCCGCUCCCCCGGGCCCCGGUCGCCGGCGUCCUCCGCCGCCGGCUCGCCCAAGAUCGACCCCAAGACGGGGCGGGCCCUCCAGCCCCGGGGCAGCCCCCAGCCGUCCCCCGCCAAGCCCAAGCAGGAGUCCAGCUUCUUCGGGGGCUUCGGGGGCAUCAGCCUGGGGGGCCUGACCGACUCGGUCAAGCCCCCGGCGGCGACGGAGUCCGUGACGGGGAAGCUGUUCGGCGGCUUGGGGGGGCUCGUGGAGUCGGCCAAGCCCCAAGCCCCCGCCAAGCAGGAGGCGGCCAAGCCCCCGACGACCUCGCGCUCCCAGAUGUUCGGCUUCGGCUCGUCCAUCCUGAGCUCCGCCUCCAACCUGGUCGGCGGCGGCGGCGAGGGCGACAAGGCGGCGGGGUCUCCCCCGGAGUCCCCCGUGGACUCGGACCUGGGGUCGCCCCCGGAGUCGCCCUUCUCCGCCGCCGGCUCCCCGCCCGAUUCGGACUCCGCUCCGGACACGCCCCCCGCCACCUCCGAGGGAGCCCACUCCCCCUUCACAGAGGUCGGGGGGGAGGACGACCCCGCGGAGCCGGAGGCUCCGGAGGCCACAGCAGCUCCGCCCGCCCCUCCAUCGGCUGCUCCACCCGCCGCUCCACCCGCCGCUCCACCGGCUGCUCCACCCGCCGCCCGGGAACACUGCCCUCUGUGCAAGGCGGAGAUGAAUGUAGGAUCCAGCGAGCCGCCCGACUACAGUCGCUGCUCCGAGUGCAGGAAGACGGUGUGUAACCUGUGUGGCUUCAACAGCCCUUCUCAGCAGGGAGAGAGAGAAUGGCUUUGCCUGAACUGCCAGACCCAGAGAGCGAUGUCGGGCCGACUCGGAGACCUGCCUCCCGCCGCCGUGGCUUCCCCCGCGCCACAACCACCUGCUCCUACCCCCGUCCCUCCCUCCACCCCUCCUCCUGCUGCCGUAGUUACAAAACCCUCGGUAGAAACCCCCCAACCCACCCCACCGCCUCCGGAGACCAAGGUAGAGUUCCCCCAGACUCCGACUCCGACCCCCGCACCCACACCUGAUAGCGAACCCCUGACCGGCAGUCCUCCGGCCCCCAGGGUCUUACCCUCUGACUGCACCCCCCAGGAGACUGGGAGUGACCAUCUAGAGCCACAAGCAUUGGCAACAGUUUCUGAGCCUUCGGCUGACGAAGCUGCCCCCGUUUUAGAGAGGUUUGCUGAGGUUGUACCCCAGGCUACAGCGUCGGAGCCACCAGAGAGUAGUUUUGGAGUACAGCCUGCUCACGCUCAGCCUGAAACUGUCAGUUCCGCCCCAGUGGACACUGAGCCAAAGCUUGAGAUAAAUGCAGAGUUGGCGGGCGAGGCGAACGACAGUUUUACACCGCCCGUCACAGAGAUGGAGCAGACAGAGUCCCCCGCAAAGGGCGAGGCACUCCAGAGGUCUUCGCCUGCUGCAGAGAUUGUAGAAAAAGAACUAGGGGCCGGGGAAAAAGAGUCAGCUGCGGUAGAGGAAGCUUCGAGUCUGAUAGCCCACGAGCCGGAACUCGCAGCUCCUACAGUUAUACAGGCAGAACACAGAGAGGGGGUCGAACGUGUGGCUGCCCUUCAAGAGGGGAACUUGGGUAAAGAUGAAACUCGAGCGGCUCCAACAGAGCAGGCAGUAGUGACACUGGAAGCACUCCAAGAUGUGAGCAGUGUGCAGGAGCCAGAGGGAGGAAAUAUAGUAUCAGACAAGGGGAACGAAUCUCCUGCUGAAAUUAAGGUUGAGCCAGAAGUGAUUACGAUCCAGCCAGACAGCGCAGUCCCCGCAGCCACUGUCGACAACGCCAUGGUUCUCCACGCUGUGGAGGGUCAGCCAGAGCCGACGCCAGCGCCGGCAGAGGAUAAAGAAAGCACAGAGGAGAAACUGCCUGGUUUGGAUGUAGAGGGAAAGGCUGAGGCUAUUGCCACUGAACCCCAUGUACCCCUAGCAGCGGAAGAGACGGUAGAGGAAGCAAAGGAGCUUCUGCAAACACUGGUUGAGGAGAAACUUAGUGCAGCUCCAGCAGAGGGUGAAAUGAACACAGCUGUUAACAAGGCCGCACAGGAGGAGUUAAUCGACAAGAAUCCAUUUGAGGAGAGGCUCGCCGAGGCACUUUUAACUGAGGAGAGGUUGCCUGAGGGAGGAUCUGUUGUGGGAGAGGCGUCUGAACAGUGGACAGGCGCAGAGAAGGCCCCAGAUAAGAUAGCGUCUGACGGAGAGCCAGCCUCAACCCCCCUCACUGAAUCUGAGAGCGCUGGCCCCGUGAUAGAUGGAGGGAAUAAAGAACUAAAAGCGUCCGCGGAGCCAGCACAGUCUGUCCCAGUUAGUCAUGGGUUCUCUGAAGAAGAGAAGCGGGAAAAUAAUGAGUUGGAACAAUGUCCACCCGCUGACCAAUCCCUGGUGCAAGAAUGCCCGGUAGUGAUCGCCUCAUUGGAGGGAACAUGUGUAGCGAGAAAGCAACGCCCUUUGCUCAAAGCAGAAACCGUCCGUCCGGAGGAAAAUGAGAAUGAUGCAGAAACGAUGCUUAAUCCACAGAAAACCACGUCUGUCCCGCCGGAGGAAAGCAUAACCAAAUCUGUUGACAUCGAUAAUUGUGGUAGUGAAGGAGAGAAAAUAAAGGGGGAAGGGUCAGAUCUGAAUGCAGAGGCAGCGUCGUGCCCUAGUGCAGUCAGUGAGGCACAAGAACUCCAUGAUGUCUCUCAGAACCAGACCCUGCCGGUUAAGAUAGAAACUGAAAAGCAAGAGACAAACUUGACAGGUGAAAAUAACAAAGAAAAAGCUCGUCAAGAGUCUUUGACAGGCAGUGACGAGAGGCAGACAGAAAGCACGUCAGAGAAAGGGGAACAUGCAGAGCCCAAUAGCACUCUGCCGCAAAUCGCUCUGUCUGAAACAGAAAAACAAGUUGAGUCAAAAGCCCACGUCGGUUACAAAAUGGAGUCUGCUUCCGUAGCAGCAGCAGCUGAGAACAUGUGUAGUGACAAGGAGGGGAGGGCAGAGCGUGAUAUCAGAGAGGACAUGACUCCCAAGGACAACGAAACAUCCACGAUGGUUUCCGAAAGCGUUUUAACAGCUCAUGCCCCCGUAGCAGACCCUAGCCCCCCAGCCUCUGUAGUUAGUGAGCAGGAGGGAGACGGUGUCCCGACGCAGCAGAGUGCUGACACAGAGGAGCAAAGGAAGGCCGAUGCUAAGCUGCCGGAAAAACCUAGUGCUGCAGAGGCGUCGGCCGAGGAUAAAGACCAGAAGAAACCUGAGGUUGUAGAAAUCGCCCAGGAGAUCACUCCCACCAGUCCGUCCGACUUCGCCCGGCUGGAGAGCACUGUGCUGCCCCUCUUGGAGGCCCAGCAGGCCGGCCCACAGACCCCCGCCGGCGAGGGGAACACCGACUCCCUGAAGACCCGACGCAAACUGGAGGUACUGCCUCUCUCGCCCGACACACCCAGCUCCGAGGACGACAGAGAGCUCUCUGAGAAGGGGGUUGCCACCGGGACGAGCACUCAGAAGAAGCUCCUGGUGCCCGACAACGUGCGAGCGGACUCCCUGGAGGACAGCAGCGAGAGCUUCGGCAAGGAGAGCCCCGUGUCCGGGGACGACGAGGACUUCAUACGGAAGCAGAUCAUGGAGAUGAGCGAGAACGAGGACGCGUCCCCGUCCGACGAGGAGAACCCGAUUCGCCGAAAGAUAAGAGACGACGAGAAGAAACGGUCUGAACAACAAAGGAACGCAUCUGCAAAGAACAGACGCCUCCUCAAAAAGAGCUCCGUAAGCCCUGAUGAUGAGGAGGAAAAGCCUCUCUCCGGCUCAUUGGACAAGGCUAACGAUGCAGCGAAAGACGAGGUGACCGAACCCAAGCAAGGGGAGCCGGAGACCGGUGUAGCGGUCCGUAAAUUUAGAACUAUCGAGCUUAACGCAACCAGCGCCCCUAUUUUGAUAACUCCUGAUGAUGGGGAGCUGGAAAUGGGAAGCCUGACAGAUUCGCCAGACGACCGGUCCAGAGGAGACGGAUCGUCCAGCCUACACGCAUCGAGCUUCACCCCGGGGACGUCCCCAACAUCCGUGUCCUCUCUCGACGAGGACAGCGACAGCAGCAGUCCCAGCAACGUGCGCUCGGGAGAGGGGAAACAACACAGGAAAGCCAAACACAGACAGCCGGGUCAGACGCUCCCGACCAUCGAGGACUCCUCGGAGGAGGAAGAACUGCGUGAAGAGGAGGAUCUCCUGAGGGAGCAGGAGAAACAGAAGGGCUCGGGAAAGAAAUCCAAGAAGGACAAAGAUGACCUUCGAUCCCAGAGGAGGAGAGAGCGUCCCAAGACGCCCCCGAGCAAUCUGUCCCCGAUCGAAGACGCCUCUCCAACGGAAGAAUUGAGACAAGAGGCAGAGAUGGAGGAGAUCCGGCGCUCCUCCUGUUCCGAUUUCUCCCCGAGCAUCGAAUCCGAUUCAGAAGGGUUUGAGAUCCAUGCGUCAAAGAUCGCUGCGGUACAGAAAACGUAUCAGCUCCCAACGUCCGUGUCCCUUCACUCUCCGACUGAUGAGCAAAACGCUGACAAAACGGAUACAAAGAUUCUUAAAACUGCCGACGAGGCGUAUGAAGAGAUAAUGCUGCGAGCCAAAUCUCCAACGGUGGAGAUUCAACCCGCCAAAGAGUCCCUGUACGGAGGCAUGUUGAUCGAGGACUACGCCUAUGAGACUCUCAUUGACAACGCAAACGCUGAGCAGGUGGUGCAGGAUAAUAUGGAAGUUCCGGCAGAGUCCAAAAAGCUGAGAUCGCCGGACGAAGUGUACGAAGACAUGAUAAAGAAAAGAAAGGAGUUCAUGAAGCUUGAGCAGGAAUAUCAAAAGAUGCAGCCGGUGACAACGAUGACCAAGCCCGAGAUUGUGUUGCAGCCUGCUGAGAGUGUCGUCUCUAAUAGCACUGCAGUCACACCGGGGAAGGAUGGGAAAACAUUACUGGAUGCUGAGGCGGCCUACGAAGAGCUCAUGAAGAAGGUCUUGACACCUGGGACCAGUCCAACCCAGCAGGACCCAGAGGCCGUACCGCGCAGGGCGCUCCAUCCCAUCCCAGACCUCAAGGUGACACAAUGCUCUUCUGGAGAAUUGUCCUCAGAUGAGGAGUUCAUCAAAAAGGAAGAGGAGAAGAGCGCCACACCACCAGUCACUUCCUGUGCAGAGUCUGACUCUGUUAUUAUUGAAGUUCCACCUUUGUCCGCAUCAGAACAGACACCACAAACGAAUGCUGUUUCAUCCCAAUCAGAUAUUGUAGAUCUGUCCUGCGCCACGCCCACACCAGCACCCCCUGUGCUGGUCAAUGCGUCUCCCCUGUCCACUGUUCCUCAGUACACAGCCACUGUUCCCAGCAUAGUGUCAACUGCCCCACCGGUACCCCCCAAGCCACACAUCCUUCGCCGGGGUAAUUCUCAGGAAAAAACAGAUUCAUCAUCCACGUCUCCUCUGCCACCCCCCACUCAGCCAAAACCCACAGUAUUCCCCAGGAAACCUCCAGUUCCACUUCCACCUCAAGCCCCGGUCUGUCCCAUCAGGCCAGAACCCUUGGCCACCACUACAGACCAAGCUGCACGAUACCCAGUGGCACCAACGUAUAAGCCUCAUGUUCCUCCUCCAGUUCCCCCAAAACCAUCCAUUCCUACCGGGGGUGGGCCUAGUCACAGACCAGGGGAUGGUGCCAAACCACCGAUUGCACCAAAGCCUAACUCUCAGCCUCCAUCCCCUGCCCAUGUCCACUAUCCACCUAGACCCACUGCAUUUUCCUCAGACCCUGUAGAUGUAGCCCUGAAUCUGAGUCCCUCGACUGAAAACAAGUUCUUUCACUCCUCACCUUCUUCACCAAGGUACGCGAGCAAUCUUCGUGACACAUAUGUGGUCAUUACACUCCCCUCUCAACCCAAUUCCCCGGUCGAAGGGAUCUCAACCCAAGCCCCAUCUAGUCCUGGUCCAGUCUCCCCUUUAAGGCAUGGUCAACAGUCAUAUCCUCAACCAUAUCCACCCCAAACACAAACCACUAGGGUGCCCCUGGCAUACACAAGGGUCACAGAGUCCAUAGAAAGCCAGGAGAUCUGUGGCCUGGACAAGCAUGUCUCUAGUUCUUGUCAUAUUAUCGAGGCUAUAUCUGCCUCAGCACAACCUCCAGCGGCUCUGCCUAACGUUGUAUCUCAGGUGGUCAAAACAGAAGUCCAAAGAACUACCGUAUCUGUUGUCCAUGAAAGAGCACCUCCCCCAAUGCCAUCUCCGAGGGCCAACGGUGUUCCGAUCUCAAUGGAGAAGCCAAAAACCCAACCGCCUGGACAGAACGGACAGGCCUACCAGCAUUGUGAGGUGGUCGAUCUUAGAACUAUGAAAGAAGAACCAGGAAGUGACAUGAAAGGUGUGGACCUGUCUUCUGGCACAGAUUGCAGGCGGCAGUCCUUUACAACCAGCGACGUCGGUAGUCGUCAGACAAGUGCAGUGCAGCCCUCGGUGGUCAACCUCAGUGCCGAAUCGUCCACUGUCUCUAUUGUCACUGACAGCAUCACCAUCGUGACCUGUGCGGCGACAAUCCAGCGCUAUGACAGUUUGGACACCUAUGCUACUACAGCGCCUCUCCAGCUGACAAAAAACAAAGCAUUCGAGCCCAUGUCUCAGAUCGUGUUUCGUCCUAUCAGUGCUCAGCCUACGACCGCAUCCAAUGUGGAGAUCCCAAUCAACCUUUCAGUGGGAUCAGGCACCAGUGCAACGUUCCAGGCCCCACCGGUCACCAUGGCCCCCAUGCCAGCUCAGAGCUGUGUAUCUGCGAAUGGUUUGAUCACGGGCACAGCGACGUUCGCAGGGGCUGUGGACCUUAGCACCACCAAACCAUUCAACACUUUGGUAUCGGUAGACACGACUUCAUCAGAGAUUGUCACCGCAGUCAUGGCAGAGGACGACGGCAAACCCGUGGAUCUAACGGCGGGGAGAAGGUCUGCAUGCUGCGAUGUUGUCUACAAACUGCCAUUCGCAGGGAGCUGCACAGCUCAGCAGCCCACCACACCCUUACCCGAAGACCGCUUCGGAUAUCGAGACGACCACUAUCAGUACGACCGCUCACCCUAUGGCAUGAGAGGAUUUGGGGGAAUCAAACCGUCGAUGUCGGACACUAACCUGGCGGAAGCUGGGCUUUUCCUUUACAAGAGCAAGAACAGUUAUAAUUUCAACGUCACCACAGAAGGUGCGGUAGAUCUUACCUCAGCAAAGGGUUCCGACACAGGUGAAGCAGUGGACUACUCCAGGAAAGGGGCCUAUGCAGGCAUGACAAUCCCGCCCUACUCCCAGGCCCUGGUCACCGGUGCUGCGGGCACCAUCUUUGGAACCAACACUGUUCUGAGGUCAUCCAACGGGGUGGUCUAUUCUUCAGUCUCGGCACCAAUCCCCUCUACGUACGCCAUCACCACCCAACCCGGCUCAAUCUUCAGCACUACAUACAACAACACCAUGCACACCAGCGACACCAUGCCGUCCCUCUCCAACCUCGAAACUCUGCCACUCAAACGGUCCCAGAGCUUCCUCUCCAGCCUGUCGGCCGGCGAUAUGGAGGACGUCCCCCUCAACCUGGAGCUCUCAAAGGACGGCAGCCUCAGUGCUGCUGAUGUGGUCUCCAGGGCGUUGACGUCCCUGUCCCUGGACAGCUACACCGACGCGUCCCUGGAAGCCAUCGCUGCCUCCCUGGAGGCCCUGUCCUCCCCCAUGGUGCCCGGCGACGGCCAGUACCAGGCGGAACGCGAGCGCCUGGAGAUGGAGAAGCUCAAGCAGCAGCGCCUGGCGGAGGACCUGGAGUGGGAGCGACAGGAGAUCCAGCGGUUCCGCGAGCAGGAGCAGAUGCUGGUUCAGAAGGAGCUGGAGGAGCUGCAGUCCAUGAAGCAGCACAUCUUGGCCCAGCAAGAGGAGGAGAGGCAGGCGCACCUCAUGCUGCAGAAGGAGACCUACGCCCAGCAGCAGCAACAGUUGGAGCAGAUCCAGAGGCUCCAAGGGCAGCUCCGCAUGCAACUGGAGGAACAAAAGAUCCGGCAGAUGUACCCUGGGGGAGAGGUCCCGGGACAUGGUCCACAGGAGGCCAUCGUGAUCGGGCCCGAUGGCACCAUACUGGCCCGCAAGAUCACAGAUAGUGGAUGCCAGACGGAUGAAGAGGACGAUGCAGUGAGCAAAGCGUACACAGCUGGCAGGAAGAAGAAGAGCGUCAAAAAGGGCGUGGAUAGUUGCGUGCAGACGGACGAUGAAGAUCAAGACGAAUGGGAGGAGCAGAACAGGGCCAGACGAAGCAGACCUCGCACCUCACGGGGAGAUAGGGGCGGGCAGUCGGAGAUGACUCUGCAGGCCCACACAGAGAUCAGUAUACAGACCGACGCGGAGGGGAACAUACGAAUGGACACCUCGAUGGAGCUCUCAGACUCCGAGAGGACCUCCCCGAAGAGGCGCCCCACUCCCUUAGAGAUCGGCCAGUCGGCCAACCUCAAAGCCGACCCUUCUGCUCUUCAGGCCCCCAAAUCCCCCAAAGUCCUCUACUCCCCGAUAUCUCCCUGUGUAUCCCCCAGCAAAUCCCUGGAGUUUGUGUCCUAUGAAAACACACUGGGCGAUACAAGCCCUCAGAAGCUGCGAGGGGAUCCAUCUUAUGUCUCCCCAGCAGCCAGCCCAAGGGGACCCAAGGCCAUGCAGAGGUCUCUGUCCGACCCCAAGCCCAUGAGCCCGACGGGGGAGGAAAGAGUCUCGUCUGGCACACAGCAUGGGGACGGCUUCACAGGUAAGGGCUCGGGGGGCACGCCCACCGGCACUCAGAAGAAGGUGAAGCGCACGCUACCGAACCCUCCCUCAGAGGACGAGUCCGCCGCCAGCGGCCAGACGGCGUACACCACCGGCUCCGCCCGACGCCGGAUGUGCCGCAACUCCAACCUGGCCCGCGCCAAAAUCCUGCAGGACAUCGACCGGGAGCUGGACAUGGUGGAGCGGGAGUCGUCCAAGCUGCGCAAGAAGCAGGCGGAGCUGGACGAGGAGGAGAAGGAGAUCGACGCCAAGCUCCGGUACCUGGAGAUGGGGAUCAACCGCAGGAAGGACGUCCUGCUGAUCGAGCGGGAGAAGCGGGAGCGCGCCUACCUGCAGAGCGUGGCCGAGGACCGGGACUACAUGUCGGACAGCGAGGUCAGCAACAUCCGCGACACGCGAGGCGGCUGUGGGGACGGCGAGGACGAGGACCUCGUGGUCCACGGCCUGGAGCGUCCGCGGACGGCGCCACAGUCGGAGCUGGAGGAGUUUGUUCCUCCGCAGACCAAACACGAAUACUCAAAAUACUCCCAGUACCAAUACUCUCAGACCCAUUACCAGUCCCUCUACCAGGCCCCCCAGGCCUACCAGUCCCAGUCCAUCUACUCCUCCGUGCCCUCCCUCACCAGCGCCCAGCAGCAGAGCUACCACCAGAUGCUCCUCAUCCAGCAGAAGGCGGCAAGGCAAGCGGCCCUCCUCUCGGAGCUGGACGCGACCAAGUACAGCGUGGUUAGCCGCCAGCCCGACCCCACCUCCUCCGCCUUCCUCGGAGUAAAGUACGACAAGUACGGGAACCACCUGGACCUCCGGGCCCUCGAGAGCGGCAGCAUGGCCGGGAGCCCCAUGUCGGCCAUCUCCGACUCCUAUUACACUGACGUGGACCACCACACGCCCCGCAGCUACAUGCUGCUGGAGGACGCCGCCGAACUGGCCAAGGGCACCGCAGGCCUGUCGUCCUCCUACAGCCUGGCCGAACGGGAGCUGGCCAAGGCGGAGAAGCUCCUGCGGAGGAGCGCCGCGGACCUGUGUUCGGCCGACUACCUGGGGUCCACCUCGAGGCUCCACACCUAUGGGAAGACCCCCGACGAGGACGACCCCAUGGAGGAGCCCUACGAGCUGAAGCUCCUCAAGCAGCAGCUGAAGCAGGAGUUCCGUCGGAGCACGGGCGGGUCGGAGAGCCUGGAACAGCUGACGGGGCUCUCCCAUCACUACUACUCGCCGAACUCCAGCCUCUCCGGCUACUCCCAGAGACAGUAUCCAAAGACGGACAAGUACAGCAUCAGCCGGCUCACUCUGGAGAAGCAGGCGGCGAAGCAGCUCCCGGCGUCAAUGCUGUACCAGAAACAGAAGCCGACGCUGGUGGAACCCAAGAGCUCCACCAAGUAUUCCUCCAUCACCGACGGACGAGGUCUGGACACGGACUACAAUUACCUCGGGUCGACCAGCGCGUCGGCGAGGUCCAGCCGGCUGCUGCAGGACGAGAUCACGUUCGGCCUGCGUAAGAACAUCGCCGAGCAGCAGAAGUACCUCGGCUCCACGCUGGGCGCCAACCUGGCCGGCUCCCUCAACAUGGGCCAGAGCCUGGGCCUGGACUCCGCCUACCCCAGCGGCAGCCGCUCAAGACCGGCUUCCAGGCCGACGUCGUGCUACGGCCUGGAUCUGUCCCUCAAGAGGGACCCGUCCAACUCGUCCCUGAGGCUGAAGGGUGACGGGGAGGCCUCCGGGGACAUGUCCCUCUACCAGACACCCUCCGGUCGCACCAAGCCCACCAGCCUUCCCAUCGUGCAGAGCGGGAGAGGCCGGAUUCCGAUCGUGGCGCAGAACUCCGAGGAGGAGAGUCCGCUGAGUCCCGUGGGCGAGCCGAUGGGCAUGGCGAGGGCGUCGGCCGGACCGCUGCCGCCCAUCUCGGCCGACUCCAGGGACCAGUUCGGCUCCUGCCUGUCCCUGCAGGAAUCCGGGCAGCAGCACAUCAGAGAGGAGCCGACCAGGGGGAGGAACUACGCUCUGCUGGACGACCAGAGCAACAUGUCGGACAACGAAGCUCUGAGUGCCUCGAUGAUGGCUUUAAACAGAGACGAUUCAGCCAACGCCUACCAACAGAGACGGGAGGGGGCUGACUGGUACGACAAACCCCGAGACGGCCGCUUAGAGAACAGCCAAGAGAGGAGACAGGGUAAAGGGCCAUACUACCCCUUCCCCCACCUCCACGUCAAACUGCAACGGGACCCCAAGGACCGCAUGACGUCAGCAGGUAACGGACUGGGGCUCCGCCUGGUGGGGGGGAAGGAGGUCCCGGGGGGCCACGGAGACAUCGGGGCGUACGUGGCCAAGGUCCUGCCCGGCGGCCCGGCCGAGCAGACCGGGAAGAUUCUAGAAGGAAUGCAGGUCCUGGAGUGGAACGGCGUUCCUCUGACGGGGAAGACCUACGAGGAGGUCCAGGGCCUGGUGGGACCGCAGUGCAGCGACGCAGAGCUGUGUGUCCGUCUCGAUCUGAACAUGCUUGCGGACACAGACAGCUCUCAGCACCUGGACAUUCAGGAGCACCCCAAAGCUGUAAACAAGCUGUUUGUUAGGGUGGCAGGCGACCGGCCCCCCCGGUCUCCGGGUGUGGACCCCAAGCAGCUGGCGGCCGAGCUGCAGAAGGUGUCCCAGCAGCAGGCCCCCCCCACCUCCACCUCCAACAGCACCACCUCCUCCUCCACCAACCCCCUCCCGGCCAACUCCACCUCAGACACCGCCAGCCCCGGCCAGCCAGGGUCCCCCUCCGUCAGCAAGAAGCGCCACAGCAGCAAGACAGCUGAGGGCACCAAGAUCCAGUCCCAACCGGUCUCUGGAGAGAUCCAACUCCAGAUCCACUACGACAAGCAGAUGGGGAACCUGAUCGUUCAUGUGCUGCAGGCGCGCAGCCUGGCCCAGCGGGACAACAACGGCUUCUCAGACCCCUUCGUCAAGGUCUACCUCCUCCCGGGGAGAGGUCAGGUCAUGGUUGUCCAGAAUGCCAGCGCUGAGAACAAGAGGCGGACCAAACACGCGGGCAAGAGCCAGAGCCCGGAAUGGAACCAGACGGUCAUCUACAAGAACAUCCACCUCGAACAGCUGAGGAAGAAGACGCUAGAAGUGAGCGUGUGGGACUACGACAAAAGCUCCUCCAACGACUUCCUGGGAGAGGUGCUGAUCGACCUGUCCAACACGGUGCAGCUGGACAACGUCCCGCGCUGGCUGGUCCUGAAGGAGCAGAGCGAGGGCGGGGAGCACCACCGCCGCUCGGCCCACUCGGGCGGGGGCCGGCAGCACUCCUCCAAGCCGUCCUCGCAGCACGCCUCCCCCAAGACGGGGGGCUCCACCCAGGACCUCCACGACUCGCCCAAGACCUCCGUCAGCAAGAGCCGCAGCCACGGCAUCUUCCCCAACCCGGCCAAGGGCCCCCGUGGCUCCCUCCCCCUGCGGCACCACAGGCACAGUGUAGUGGGCGUGCUCACCAUUCAGAGAGCCCAGCCUGAUUGGCUGCCUCCCCUGCCAUCGCUGGCGUCGGCCAAUAGGAGCAGAGCAGACGGCCGAGCCCCGACCCUUAGGAAGGCCGUGUCUGAAGAGAGGCCGCACGCCAUUGGAGCACGGUCCAGCUAUAGGUCUGGUGAUGCCCCGGUCACUGCCGCUUCAUUGGACAGCGGUUUGAGUGGCAGCGCUUACAGCCUACUGGACGAGGAGGGAGAGACCAAUGAGGUUGACAGUGCCAUCUUUCAGGUGCCACGAUUUGGAAAGAUCCCGAAUGGAGCGGAUGGGUUGAAAUCACCGAUGGGACAUGGUGAUUCAGAAGGUAAGACCCAGGUGAUGGGGGAGAUAAAGAUCGCCCUGAAGAAGGAGAUGAAGACGGAGGGAGAACACCUGGUCCUGGAGAUCCUGCAGUGUCGUAACAUCACCUACAAGUUCAAGACCGCAGACCACCUCCCUGACCUCUACAUGAAGCUGUACGUGGUGAACAUCGCCACCCAGAAGAGGAUCAUCAAGAAGAAGACGCGCGUGUGUCGUCACGACCGCGAGCCGUCCUUCAACGAGACGUUCCGCUUCUGCAUGAACCCCACCGGACACGCGCUGCAGCUGUUCCUGGUCUCCAACGGCGGCAAGUUCAUGAAGAAGACUCUGAUCGGCGAGGCGUACGUGUGGCUGGACAAGGUGGACCUGCGGAAGCGCGUGGUGAGCUGGCACAAGCUGCUGGCCAGCACCGCCCAGAUCCACUCCUAGGAAGACCGGCGGCGCAAACCACAGGGGGGCGACGUGGAGCAGCAUGGGGGAGAACCCGCGCGGGGAACACGUAGCCUGGGGGAAUGAUGAGUACAGACGCCCCCUCUCCCCCCACCACACACACACACACACACACACGCACACGCACACGCACACGCACACACACACGCACACACACACUUCUGAUUCUUUGACGGAUCUUUCGGGGAGGAGGGGUCUAGAUGGGUGCGGGGGUGUUGGUUAGGGGGGGGUGUUGUCUCUUCAUUUCGGCUUCCCUUCUGCUGUGGUGGUUGUUGGGGGCUUUCUGAUUCCUUCUUUCGUCUCUUGUCUUUUUUUCUUUGUUUUCGGCGAUCCGAAGCAAUUGGGGAGUUGGGAGGAGGGGAGGGGGGGGGGGGGGGGGUGUUUACAGGAGACGGACACAUGUUUACAGGAAGUAGGUGAUGAGGUUUGUGUUGGACAUGGGAUUCAAGAGAGGAAACGCAAGAAAACGCAAGAAUCAACCAGGUAUUACAUACUUUCUUACUUCACUCACACACACACAUGCAGCACGCACCAUCACAUGCACGUGCAAACACAAACACACACGCACACACAUACACACACACACACACUUACCCCACUCUUCGCCCAGCAGUUCUGUACAGUACCGCCAAAACACAGGCGAAAAUCGAAUGGAAACAGGGAAUAGACAAAUCUCAAAUGUAUUUAUUUAUUUAUUUAUUUAUUUAUUUAUUCAUUCAUUCAUGUAUCUAUGUAUUUAUUUAGAUGUUUUAUCCACAAAUGAAAGUUUAAGCAUUUAAAACGACUCUUCUUGUUGCUUUACGAUGAUCCGGCAAUGACAUGUUGAAACUUAAAAGACUAAGGGAGAACAUGUCAUUUGUUUAUUUUUAUAUUAUGCCCAGAGUAUAGAGUUCUAUCAUUUGUCUUCUCCUCAAUUAUUUGUUUGUUAUGCCACGCUUUAGAGCAUUCCAACAUACUUGAGAUUGUGAACUUCUUCUCAAAAUAAACAAAGGAAUUGUUGGCUGCUUAAAAGCCCUUAAAUCCCUUUUUCAGCCUAAUUAUGAAUUCAGUCCCAGCAGAGGAUGUUCAUAUAUCGGAUUAAAAGGUAUAUUGAUAUAGUGUGCACAUUGAUCAGUGUCUCUGAUAUGUAGUACCACAGUAUCAAUACCAGUUAGGUUUUCACUUUUUUUAUAGUUAGGUGAGAUGUCAUUGUCAAAAGAAAGAAUAAUAGAAUAUAUACUGUAGGUAUAUCAGAUAUAGGCCUAGUUAUCUUUACCACUGCCAAUCCGGUCUCGAUAAUUGUGUCAUAUUUAUUAUGAAGCCCCCUAUUUAGACAUUUGAAAUAAAACAUUUGAACAUGCUAUGUAUACAUUAUUUAUUCUCUUUAUUUGUAGCUUGAAUGCAUAUUGUAAUUCAGGCACAUUGCUUCGUAUUUCCUCUUGCUUCAAAACGUGGCUACACUAUUUCAGAAAAACACCUUUUAGUUUACUUUAUUUGCACGUUCUGCUAAGAAUGUUAAGCUGUUAAUGUCCCGUGGGGGUUUUGUGAGGCGGAGAACGAGAGAGGUCAAGCAAAACCAAUUCAACAGGAAUUGAAUGAUAACAACAAGAGGUUAAGCUGUCUAACUGGUUAUCCAAAGUAUUUGCAAAUGUUAUUUUUUUACGUUUAAACUUUGGUAGUAUGGCUAAUGUGCUUACUGUUUGGGUUAAUGUUAAACUUUGCUUAUAUGCCUGUGUCCUUUUCUUAAUUUUCUGUUUUUCUAGUGUUUGUUUUUUUUACAUUGAAAUCCUCUAAACUGAUGACCGAGUUUCUGUUGACGACCGUGACCAUGACAACCGUCCUGAUCGUUUGUUUUGUUCAUCAGGGUCGUCCCCCUUCAGCAUUUGGUCAGUGACAUGUUUUCAACAUCACAAUCCUUUCAAAGGGUAUACGUGACAAUAUCACAUAACCUCGAACACAUGAGGAUGUCAAAGGCCGCCCACAACACGUCUCAACAACUCGAUCACCGUUCAUAUCCUUGCUUAUGCCAAACACAGAACACUUAUUCCAACACGUGUAUCCCACUAAUUUCUAUGCAACAUACAUACAAUGUUGUAACCACAUCUCACCGUACCUGAAUUGAUCUACUAAAUGCUGACACUUGGAGGGAGACAGAUGACCCAAUGUCCAUUUUAUUAUCAUGUUUUAUUUAUUACAUGCAGGUGUUCAUGUUUCAGUUUCACUUGCGCAUUUAAUCUCUGCUCAUUUCAUUUGACCUCAAAUUUUGACCUUGUUUACUAAAAUCCUUUACUUUGUAUCGCGAUAUGCAAAUGUGUUUAUGAACCAUGUGACCUUAAGUUAUUAUUAUUUUAUUUGUUUCAGCAUUUAGUGCUUGUUUACAAUGUUACCUCAAUCUCAGAGAAUUAACUUUUUUGGCCUUUCACACACACACACACACACACACGCACACACACGCACACACACGCACACACACGCGCACACACACACGCACACACAAACACACAGAUGUGCAAUAUAAAUUACGUUUCCAUUCAAUUGAAAGGAAUAAUUUCCCCACAUUAAUAAUAAUUAUGAAUACGUUUUUCUUCAAUUUGUAUUUUUUAUUAUUUUUCAUAGCAAUGUGCUUACAUGUGUAGCAAUUUCAUUUAAACCAUACAACGCAUGGCAUCUGCUGUAACGCAUAGCUUUCAGUCGCUCAGACACACACACAAACACAUACAGAGUUACAUACUUGUGCACUCAAAAGAAGAAGAAUCACUCAGUUGCCAUCUCUCUAUUUCCCACCAUGUAAAUACAGACCUUUUUGUACCAGGGAGAUGUGGCCGCGCUGGGGGGGGGUAGGCUGUAGGUCAUCGGCCAUUAGAAGUAACAGCUCUGCGACUGAAACCACGGGAACCUUAGACGUCUGUACGGACGCUGAUUAGGCCCCGCCCCUUGUCAUUCACGUCACAACCACUAACGGUUCACUAACGAGUCUCCCAACACACUGACCGUCUAUCUUAAUAACUCAAGUAGUUGCAGGAGAAUUUAAAUGUGCUCACCAUUGGAUGUUGCAUGUUUCGUUGGUGGUUCAUACUAUUUUUGUGUCCAGAUACUAUAAAAAAAUAUAAAAAUAAACUAAGAAGAAUAACGAGUGGGGCGAUAGAGACUCUAUGAUAGAGACAGAUAUAGUACACAAUAUAGAGAGUUAUAGAAAGCGUUAUAAAGAAGAAAAAAAUAAAUUAUUUAAUGACGUAUGCUGACUGUACAAAGAUUAUGCUUGUAAAACCCGUCUGGUUUUCCACUUGUACGUAUAAGCAGAAAAAAAUAAUCUACUGUCAUGGUUUUGUGAUUGUACACAGAAGGUAUUGAUAAAUUAUGCAAAUUGUGCUGUAUAAAUGGCUGUUGCCCCAUGUCUAAAUAUUAAAUAUCUGUACAAAUGAA